CUGUCAUAUUUAGUUGAACUCAGGCCACUAACACCCGCUGAGGUCGUUUACUAGUGCUGUGCACCCAGCUCGUUUACAGCUUCGUGCAGUGCAUAACGUACGGUGCUGCGGGUGGCUGGUGGUUAUCCUUCCGUUCUUUCAUCUUCGCACCGUGUCCGGCAUGCUCCUAGCCUUUUCCUACAUUUAACCUAUUAUUCGCUCGUGUUCGUCGUUGGGAAAAUUUCUUUGUGAUUAGAGUGUUUGUGCAAAAAAAGCAGCAAAAAAUGAAAAACAUGGCGACCGCUUUGUUACUUCGAAUCCUUGAAGUGCGUGUGAUAAAGAAAGUGUUCCAGCAACCAUCUGGUAGCAAGUGGUAAUUUGUGCGUUCCAUUCGUGCUGCAUCGUACAGGCGUUUCGUCUGCCCAAACUUUACGACGAGCGAUGAAAAGUUUGUUUGGCUGUUUCUUCCAUAUCACAAGGGGUCACUCCUAAUUUUAUCGAGCUUUCUUUAAUCGUGCCCAGCAUUUCGUGUACGUGUGUGUGUUUUAAAUAGUGUGAACACGGCAGUAUAGUGUGUAGUCUAGUCUACGCUGAUCCAUUGUGCAUUGUUUGCUAUUCUACUUCCUCUUGCUCUCUUUUACUCGCACGCGUGCAUGUAUAAAAAAACAUGUCCUUCACAGCACGCUUCGUUCUAAUAAUCCAGGACAUGUGUGCCAACCAUCUCGCAUGUCACCUGUGCACCGUCGUCGCACCGAAGCAGGUGGCGCGUGCUUCAGGGAGGAUAAAGGCAAAAAUCGAUGGCAGAAAACUGUACAGAGUGUGGGAAGUUUAAAUUACGCAAAAAGGGGCAAAAAUCGAUUCUUCCGGCCAUCGCUUGGGAACGUGGCAACUGUGAACGAGCGAAAAAGAAGGCGAAAAAAAAAGUUAGCAAGGGAUCAAACAUAUCCUACCCGUGCUAACUAGUGGGUGCGAAUGUGUAACGUGCGUGUGUGUGUGUGUUUGCAUUUAAACCGUACAAAGGAGAAUCCUUGUACAUUUGCGAAACAAGUGCCAAAUGCUGAUGGAACAGUUUUUAGAUGUAAUCAGCAAAAGAUCAACCUUCCCACGCUGCCAUUAAAGGUGAUGCUGCUAAUGAUUUAAAGAUUAGCUGCAAUCGAUUUUAAGCGUGCAGCAUCCAAACGGAUCCAACUGGAAGAAGGUUUAGUGCAGUGCAGAAACUUCCAACCCAUCAAGAUGAACCCAGACCGGAACAGCCGGAAGUAUCGCUCCGGAAACAAUCUUUACAGCGACGAUGAGCUGGAAUUAUCGUCGUCACAGGUGCUGGAGAAGGUGAAGCCGGAUCGCGUUACCUCCACCAAACCGGACGAAGAUCGACGUCGGCGUACGAUCAUCGUGGAAAAGAAAAACGGUUCGUACGGGUUUACGUUGCAAAGUUACGGCAUCCAUUAUAAAAAGGAGCAGGAGGUUGAAGUUAUCACGUACGUCGAUUACGUUGAGUACGAUGGGCCAGCGUACCGGGCCGGGAUGCGCGAAGGUGACGUCAUCCUUUCGAUCAACGGUUACGAUAUGGAGAAGGCCGAACACAAGGAUCUGGUCAACUUUAUCAAAAACUGUGAUAAUAGAAUGCGCAUGGUGGUGCUGUUCGAGGACUGCUGCCGAAAGGUGGAGCUACACUUAAAGUACAUCCAGCUGCAGGAUCUGCUCAAAAGCAAGAUGGCCGAUUUGGAAAGGAUUUGUAUGCGGGAGCGCGAACUGUUGGAAGGAAAGUGGAAAACGCACAGCUUACCCGCGAGAAAGAAAGCGAACGCCGCCACCACGGGGGAUGAUAUUGAUCCCGGUUCGACGACGGACGUAGAAUCAAACUCCGGGCCUUCGUUCUGCCGUCCGGCAGCCUCGACCGAGGACGUGAAGAAAUUGCUCCGACAGAAAACGUACAUCGUACCACCACCGGCACAAUUUAUGCUGGCCUAUCAUUGCCUGGAUAGUAACUACCGUUACGUGAUCCAUCCCUCCCAAGCUGCGGGAACGUGCGAAACUGCCAGCGGAACCGAAUACUCAUCCUGUGCUCAACAACCGAACAACCCAACAGCGGCCAAACUUUGCAAGGACCAUCAGCAUAUGAUGCGUGGUUCCUCGCUAGACAGUAGUUCACUCGGGGCCGGUGUUGGCUGUAAGCAGCAACAGCAGCAACCGUCCGCCUCACCAACGAAAAGUCUUCACAAUUACGACACCAAAGGACAUAAAUCGUCAUCAUCGGGAUCGUCCCGGCGCAGUGGUCAUCUGCAUGGACACUCGUGCAACCCUUGCAUGGGACACUUUCUGCGCAGUAGUAGCAGCGAUAAAAAUCGUACCGGUGAGAAGGAUAAUACCAGCCUGGAUGCGUACGAUCUUGCCAGCCCGUGCUGCGAUCCCCAGUGUGUUCCAUCGCGCCGCAAAUCGAAGCAUCAUAAAGAUCAUCACCACAAGCACAAACAUCGUGACAGGGAGGCGAAGGAACACGGUGGAAAGGACCGUAUUCCACGGCCAAAAUCACAGCCACAUAUUUCACCACAGCAGCAGCAUCAACAGCAGCCCCAUCAUUCACAGUCAAGCUAUCUGUAUCGUCAUAAAGAUAAGCACGAUCAUCAUCAUUCGAAAGUGUAUGACCUAAACGCUAGUCUCGCCAGCCAUUGUAGUUUGCAUUCGUGCACCUCGAGCGAGUUUAAUCCGGCGGCCGAAAACUCGCCCGCAUCCUAUAGCACAUCCAUUAGCACCGACACGCUCUACUGGGAGCCGCACAGCGAAUCGACCACGGUAUCCGCUUCCGGUUCGAUACACAAGAAGCCACCGGCUGGAAGCAGCACCACCAGUGGCGCACUCGUACCGAUCGGUGCCCGGACACCGCACACACACCAGCACCAUUACUACAUACAGAAGUACGUCCAUCCGCAACACCAUCCAGGGGCAGGACAGCAACAGCAGCAGCAGCAGGCGCAACAACAGCAGCAGCUUGCCAUCUUUCCUCCACCGCCACCAUUGCCUGCCGUCCAUAAGCCCAAAUCUUGGGACAAUCUUGCGAUGAAGGGUUACGGUGGGUAUGGCUACGGUUAUGGGUAUCUCGAGGUUGGUGGUGGUGGUGGUGGUGCGGCACUAUCCAAAACGAACCUACCGACGGCAACACGCACCCAGACGACCAUCACCAUCCAGCACCGGAACUCGAUACCGAAGAAGAACGGCUACGAACGGUAUUCGGCGUUUGUCGAUGUGGAAAACUAUGCGCCCCCACCGACACAGUUCCUGCAGGAGACCACCACGACGACCACGACGAUCACUACGAAAUCGACCGAAAAUCUGCUCGGCCCAUACAACCGUUCCGAUUCCAGUCUGUCCUGCGAGUGUCUCGAAACGGCACCGUUGACCGGUGCUGGUGCCGGAACAUCCGGUGGCAUGGUGGAACACGUGCAUGACAAAUCCGGCUACUAUUCUAGUAUUGGGGGAGCGGCCAGUUCCGGUGGUAGUGUUGGUGGUAAGAAAUCCAAUCCUAAUUUAACCGAAAUAGCUCGCCUUUAAGGUGUGUAGAUGCGUGCAGUCUCCAAAUGAUAUUCUUGUGCGGUUAGUUGCGAACGUUUGUUGCGUGCUUGGAACACAUUCCAAUUAAAGUUUGUAGGGCAAACAAAGACUCAGGCUGAAGCAGUGGAAGGGUAUUUUGAUUAGAUGUUGUAACGUUUUGUAACGUUUAAUUAGGGGGGCAAAAAAGGCACAUAAACUCAAAGCAAGACCAGCUUUCAAGUGAUACAUAAUUAGUUAAAACAGCGGCGUGCUAAUUUGUUUUAGUUUUCACAUUAUUCUACUAUCAUAAACAGGCUUCCGAUGUACGCAUUGAAAUAUGCUGGAUUCCAUUUCAAAUGUUCCGUACUAGUGCGCUAGCUAAUGGGAGGCAAGUAAAGAAUAAACUAUUUCCCAUUAUUUCCACAAAUGAAGCUUUGAGCGUUAGACAGGUGUGUUCGCCAUAGUCGAUAGUACCGGUCUAUGAAUGAAGCUGUUUUAGCGCUAUUUAGUGAAUGGUGGUAGUGAACACUUUGAAGCAUAGAACCAGUUUUGCUCAGUACUCUUCCGUAGGUUAGGAAAGUGUGCAAGGAUAGUGAGGAUAUCAUUGAGACAAAAACCUCAAAAGAAGUGGAACAUUUGACUGGGAAAAGAUCGAAUGUGUGCUCUUCUGCACGAACUGCAGGACAGAGAGAGAGAGAGAGAGAGAGAGAGAGAGAGAGAGAGAGAGA